UCUCUUACAGACAUAAUAUAAGCAUAAAAAACGUUAAAAAAAAAAAAAAAAAAAGGCUCAUCAAAACUUCCUUUUCUUGUACAACAAUGCUUCGAAAUCUUCUGUUAUUACUUCUUCUUUCAGUACUCGGCCUCGCAUCAAUCGGCCGGGUCAACUCGCACGAGGAAUCGGGCGAGUGGCACUGCGACUCGGACUCGGAGACCCAGCUCGUGGCCGAGUUCAGGCCCGGAAUCGUCACGCUCGACGGUCACGCGGAAGAUUGGAAGGACAUUGAUGGGUUCGAGUUUUCUCUCCUCCCUGCUCUCGAUCCAGAUGCGGAACACGAGUACAACGCCGGAAAAAUGACCGUUAAGGCUUUGCAUGAUGGCCAUGAUGUGUUCUUCAUGCUCCAAGUUAAUGGGGACUACGUGUAUUCCAAAGGUGAGAACAACAAAUGCCCAUCUGUUGCUUUGAUGUUCCAAAUUGGUGAGGAAGCGUCCUAUCACAAUAUGGGCGGCUGUAAGGAAGGAGUUAGUUCUUGCACUAACAAGACUUGUAAGGGCCAUGAAGUUGACAUCAUGCACUUCUCAAUUGGAAAUGCUAUUCCUGGAAGGCUUUAUGGUCGCAAUCCGGUAGACAACGCGGAGGGAAGCGGGGGUGACAGAUUUGGUCAUCUGGUUGAUCUUUAUGCUUGGAAUCCACAUUGCAGAUACCUAGAUGGAAAUGGUCCUUCAGGAAAUGAUUCUCGUUCCCAGAACGAUUGGAAAGGUGCAUGGUGGCAUAGCGGCUUCAAUCUUAACUCAGGUUUUGUGGAGGAUGACAGUCCAUAUGCAAAAGAUGGUAAAAAAGGCACAUACUACUUUGAAUUCUCGAGGCCUUUGAGAACACUAGAUCGUCUUCAACAGGAUGCUCAAUUCAAGAUCAGUGGAACGAGUAAGAUGUCAGUUGCGUUUUGGUAUCCACUGGAGGGACUACCAUGGCAUGGCUCAGGACACUAUUCUGUUGGCUGCGAUUGGAUAUCCUUGGAUAUCCCUUCUGGAAGCUCUAUUGUAACAACUAGAACAACUGGCUCAGUGAAUGCUUCUGGUGUUUUUGCUCUUCUAUUGUCAGUAGUCUCUUUAUGCGCAUCUGUAUUUGUGGGAUACUGGGUGCUUUUCAGACCAAAAACAGUCCCCUUCACACCAAUGGAAAAUCUGUAGGAUAGCACUAUGGGGGUGGUUUUGGAAUUGUACAAUUCAUGUAGUUCUUAAUUUUAAUACUUGGGUCUGUUUCAUUCUAUUUGUUUUCUGUUACAUUUCUCAUUUUCAGUUUGUCUAUAAUAACCUCUCGAUUAGAUGUAAUAAUACCUUUUUUCUUC